CCGGCCGGCCGCCAGUCGAUCGCGGGACGUCUCUUGAGCGGCACGCGUGCCGCUGGUGAUACCAACUCUUUAACGCGAUCGUAACUGCACGCGCGUCGUCAACACUUUAUAAAAAGCUUUACUUCGCCGAUCAACUGCGACUAAAGCGUUGGACACCUUUUGUUUUUCACACCGUUUUUGGACAAAAUGCUCUGGAUUUAUGUGUCUCCUAUUACAGUGCUUGAACAGGUGCAGCUUGCGAGCGGCAGAUAGUGUUGCGGCCAGACCGCUAGUGAACUCGGUGACUGUGUGAACGUUGUUGCGGUUGAACGCCGCUGUAGGGAUUUGUAACGAGUUGCCGCCCUGUGCGGCCGAGCAUGACGAUGGAUCAGCAGUCAGGCCUUAUGUCCCUGAACAUGUCUCCGUUUGAUUUGAGUCCAGGUCCCGAUGGGUCAGGUUCUGGUGGUGGACCCUCUGGGACUUCCCAGCAGUAUGUCCCGCAAGGCGCAGCAUAUCAAUGCGCUCAAGAUCAGCAAACAUUUGGUUAUGCCAAUUUGGAUCCAUCUUAUCUAUUCCCAACAGGCACUGGUGAUCCAGGAGCAUACCUGCCAGCGGCCGGCACAGUGUGUGACCAAACUGAUACAAAGGAUGUAAUUGAAGAAUUGUGUCCAGUUUGCGGUGAUAAAGUCAGCGGAUAUCACUAUGGACUGCUCACCUGCGAGUCCUGUAAAGGAUUUUUCAAAAGAACCGUACAGAAUAAGAAGGUGUACACGUGCGUCGCUGAACGUGCCUGUCACAUUGACAAAACGCAGCGAAAACGGUGCCCAUUUUGCCGCUUUCAGAAGUGCCUGGACGUCGGGAUGAAACUCGAAGCUGUGAGAGCAGACCGCAUGCGAGGAGGUCGCAACAAGUUCGGUCCCAUGUAUAAACGCGAUCGAGCCCGCAAGCUGCAGAUGAUGCGGCAGAGGCAGAUUGCAGUACAGACAUUGCGCGGCUCUCUCGGCGACGGUGGUUUGGUACUCGGCUUUACAUCGCCGUAUGCCGCCGUACCUGUCAAACAAGAGAUCCAGAUACCGCAAGUGUCGUCGUUGACAUCCUCGCCGGAAUCAUCGCCAGGACCGGCGCUCCUGGCGCAGCAGCCACAAGCACUACAGCCACCUCCGCCACCAACCCACGAUAAGUGGGAGGCCCGCUCGCCGCAUUCCGCGUCACCAGAUGGGUUUACAUUCGACGCCCCUGCCACCACAGCCGCCACCCCAUCCAGCACUGCAGAACCGACCAGUACAGAAACCCUCCGACUCUCUCCAAUGAUCCGCGAAUUUGUGCAAACGAUCGAUGACCGCGAGUGGCAAAAUUCGCUCUUCGGACUCUUACAGAGCCAGACCUACAAUCAGUGUGAGGUCGAUCUAUUCGAAUUAAUGUGUAAAGUGCUGGACCAAAACCUUUUCUCGCAAGUGGACUGGGCGCGAAACACCGUGUUCUUUAAGUAUUUAAAGGUUGACGAUCAAAUGAAGUUACUGCAACACUCGUGGUCGGAUAUGCUGGUCUUAGACCACCUUCACCAGAGAAUGCACAAUGGGCUGCCAGAUGAAACUACACUUCAUAACGGACAGAAGUUCGAUUUAUUAUGCCUUGGGUUGCUGGGCGUCCCGACUUUGGCAGAUCAUUUCAAUGAGCUGCAGCACAAGCUAUCGGAGCUAAAGUUUGAUGUUCCCGACUACAUCUGCGUUAAAUUCUUGCUUCUACUAAAUCCUGAGGUGAGGGGCAUCGUAAACGUCAAGUGCGUCCGAGACGGUUACCAGACAGUACAAGCUGCUUUACUUGACUACACACUCACCUGUUACCCUACGAUACAGGAUAAAUUCGGCAAAUUAGUGCAAGUGGUGCCCGAGAUCCACGCACUAGCGGCCCGGGGUGAAGAACAUCUAUACCAGCGGCAUUGUGCUGGGCAAGCGCCUACACAGACUCUUCUCAUGGAAAUGUUGCAUGCCAAACGAAAGCCGAUCGGAGGUGAAAUGGUUAACCGGAGUGCUGAGCACACGUCGACUCUAGACCGAUUGUGCGGUUUCCUGCCAAGCGACACGAUUGAGCCGCAUUCACCAAUCUAGAAUCUUGAAUGACCAGUGAAUGUUUUCAAUGAGUAGAAGAAAGAAAACGCGCGAAGCGCCCCUAUAUCGCAUCAUUGGAAUGUUAUACAAACUUUACUUAUAAAUUAGCUUAAGUUUUACUUGGUGUGUGAUUAAAUUUUAUAAGUUAUUGCGCCAAGCGCCGGCCGGUGCCGCGCGUGCCUAGUCCGAAUACAGAUAAAACAAAUAUUUAUCUACCUAAUAUCUGUAACAUAAAUAUACAUAUACAUGAUAUACUAUACACCAGUCUUGUGUAGCUACGGUUAAUUUAUUUAGCAAUCUAUAUUAUUUUACAUCAAAAUUAAGUACAUAUAAACUAAGAAUUCAUUAAUCCGGUGCGUAAGCGAAGAUAAAUAUUAUUACAUAUUUUAGGAAAGCGUCUGUGAUUAUAAACGAAGAAAUUUGUGGAAGAAACCGUUAUUAAUUUUAGUUGAGACGAACAUUUACGUAUAAUGAUUAGUUUUACUAGUGUCUGUGCUUGCGAUGCCACCAUACUAUCGUGACGGCGUCGCAAACGCGUCGUCUGGCGUCGGCUUUUUUAAUUUGUCGUUACUUAUUACAUUUCUUGUUCAUUUAACUAGUAAAGUAUUUUACAGUCGAAAGUUUAUAUGGAAUAUCUUGUACACUAUCUGAGUUACAAGAAUGCUUUUAUGCUUUAAUAUCCCUGGGAUGUAUGUGAUCCGUUCGAUUCUUGUGGCAUCAAUGUCUUACAAUGUAUUGACGCACUUAGAAUAUGAUAUUUGCUUGAGUGUAUCAGAUUUUAAUGAAAGUUAACGUAUUAAAAUUAUAAAAUAUACUUAAUUCUUUAAUUGACUAUCAUCUUAUUAUAGUCUUUAAAAAUUUACAGUUGUUCUCUAAAAUGUUUAUCUAAAUGUUGUAAAACAUUUAAAUUUUUAUUGGCCAUACCAGUACAAAUGUAACUAUGAUCCUUGUAAAUAACAUAACUAUUAGCACGUUUACAAUCAUAUAAAUCUACUUAUAUUGUAAUUAUUAUGUAAUAUAUCUCUCAACAUAAAUGCACGAAGCCUUAAAAAUCAUAGAUUUUUAAAUAAAUGUGGGUACUAGCAUCUAUCGGCCUAUGGCCGAGACAGAUGAUGUAUUUUUAUAAAACAUAUUGUUCUUUAUUAACAUAUAUAAUAUGUUAACUGAAAGUACAUGAUUUCGUAUUUUUCUAACAUAAUUAAAUAUAGUUCGUAAACAAGCGUAAAGAUCAACUUUUAAAGUGGGAAAAUUAUGUAUACAUGAAUACUAAAAAUAAUGUUAUCGUUGUCUGUAGAUGCAUAAUGACGUUGAAAAUUUAAUUUGAAAACGUUUUAUUUUUGCAAUUUUACGUCAAUUUGGAAGUGGAGAGAAGUUCAUGGUACAAUCCCAUUAUGGCAUCAUAUUAAAUAUAAAAAAUUAUAUCAACGAAAUGAAAUUUCAUACAAGAAAUGCGAGCAGGACAAGCGCAAGGCUGUACCAGACGCUCCUCUAAACUUGCUGCGAGACGUAUGAUUUAGUUUAUCAGAAAUUGUGAUCGAUGUUUUGUGUUGUAAACUAAAUGUUUAUAAUUAAUACAAUUAAUUGAACGUUAUUUUAGAGUUGUGCACCAAGUGCGAAUGUAUAGAGGGCCGCAUCAACGAGUAGAAGAUAUUAUUAUGAGUGAUGUAUAUUUCCAUUAUUUAUCUAAGCGGCUUUUCUCUAGGCUAUUAUGUUAUAUAUAAAUAUGGCACCGAUUUUUGUCUAAUACCGUCCAGUGAACACAUAAUAAUUAUGUCUUGACAUAAACAAUAUUUUUAUAUUUUUUGUGAUUCAAUUGCAAUUUGAAACAACUUUCGACCCUAGCUAAAUUUAAUUGACGCGCUAUAGACGUAAAUAUCAGUAGGAAGACACGAUAAUAGAAUUGGAAGUGAAGUAGCGUUGUAUAGCAAAGCAACAACUAUCUCGAACAAAGUUCCUCAUAAUAUCGUUGUGGUAAAAUUUAUAAAGUAUACAUUAUAAACAGGUUUUAUUUAAUGAGCACAAUCUGAAUGAAUGAUUUUAUAAAAAUAUACAAAAAGUGAGAGUUGUCACGUUCUCAAAUUUUGCCGUAUUUAUCUAAUAUAACAUACCUACUACUACUGUAAUAUCUCAAGUACUUCUAAAUUGACGACCACUUAAAUUAUAUGUAAAUAGUCGCAUAUAAGAUCGGUUAAAAAUCCCACACUUUGUUAAUUCUGAAACAUAUUUAUGGAAUAUAUAUAGGUGCAUAUAUUACGCGAAGCUGUGGCAUUGAAUGUGAAUAGUACGUGCAGCAUUACUUGCAUGAACUAAUACCGCAAAUUUAUAUUUAUUUCGCUUUUUUGUCUCUUUCAUUUCUAUUACACCACACCAGGAAUCACAGGUAAAUUAAGAAACCCACAGCUUCGCAAUUGAGACGUUUUAUUGAAGGCAAAGCUGAUCUGUGAUGGUAUGACAUAGUUAGGUACAUUAGGCUGUGUGAGUCUUUAUUGUCCAUACUAAGAGGCACAACGAUAGUGACCAUGUCAUAAUCUUUCCAAAGCAGCUUUAAAUAGGUUUUUUUGAUCCAGUUUUUGUUUUGGUGCCGUAUUAGAAAUAAAUAUAAAACAUUAUCUUUUGUGCGACACUAAUCUCUUCAGCAUAAGUUCACAGCCGAUAUACCUCCACCUUUGAUUCUUUUUAUUAGUCAUGUGCAUUUUAAUUACCGAACGGACGUUACCAUUUAUUCAUCAAAUUAGUUUGUUUUCUAUUAACAUAGUAUUAUUUUCAUAUCAGAUAGUUAUCAUUUUACACAUCUCCAAUAAAAAGAAUCAUAUAUUUGCCUCGAAGUAAUGACUACACAUUUAUGUAUGUAUGCAUAAUAUUAGUAUAUAUAUAUCAAACAAAUUAUAUUCAGGGUAUCAGAUAUAAAGUAUAGUACAUAUGUAACGAACGACCGUACCUUUAAGUAUACGGUCACGAAAUUAAUGUAAACAUUAUUAUUAUUAUUCUUAUUUUUAUCUGUAUUAACCCACAAAAUGAUAUAUGUAGUCGUUCCUGUGUGAAGAUAGGUCACGAGGUUGUGGACUGUUUGCACGGUCUCUGUUAUCAAUACUAUUAGUACAUUAAUAUAAAAUGUUGUGCAAAGUUUUCAAUGGCUGACAGAUUCUGUGUAGAGUAGCCCAUGGUUACGGCGCCGUGUGCCAUUAGUUAAGUGUUUGUACAGGGUCAAGUACAACGCCAGUUCAGCGCGAGAUAAACACCUUUCUUUAUUAGACAAUAAACGUUUUAUAAAGGUGCCAGAGUACGUGAUUGCCUUCCUUUUUUAUUUUGAUUUAUUUCAAUAAUUUGCGUGUUUUAAACAAUCAGUAAUCAUUAUCAUUUUAAGUAUUUAAUUGAUUUCAAAUAUUAUAAAUCUAUCUCUAAUCCCUACUAUUUACGUCUAAGGUUAGGUUGUAAUAUACAGCGUAAUGUUGUAUGUUAGUGUUUGUGUAAGUAAAUCUAUAUUUAUGAGUAUAAAUGAUAAGUAUUUCUAAUUAUUACGAUACACAAUGAGUGUUCUAUGUAAAUGUACAUUUUGAGUUCAACUAGGUUGUAAGUAAGUGAUGAGUAGGUGAUAUAACAUCUGCGUGUAAGGGGCGCGCGGGCCGUGGCGGCUCUCCGGGUUGGAUUGUAUCCAAUAACAGCUUCAAGUAGCGUGUGUACAUAGAUGUACAGGUUGAAGGAUGGUUGUUGAGUCGACACUGCCCGCCGCCGGCGCCUAGGCCACUGUUACUUCGCUCAGAUUCGCCCGCGCAAUGUCUCGAUUGGUAUCGUCAUCGUCAUCGUCAUCCUUUGUUGAGACGGUAUCGGCGAGGUCGGUAACUGGGUGGUAGGGGAGGGUAUGUACGCGUCGCACACAUUCCAAAAUAAUUUUAUUCGUAACGCCAAGUGACGCGCGACGACGAACGCGUUACAAUUUGUAAGUUAACCACUUUGUUGUUCAUUAACGAUAAGUUAGGUUUAAUCUCAGUCGAUGUUCUUUAACUUUAGUAUGUGUAUAGUGUUCGGUUAAGUAUAUGUGAGGAUGUGAAUUUGAGCGAAUCGACAGGUCUCAGCCUGAAAGGUUCUUUAUAGAUGUAAAACUAAGUACCUAAACGAUUAUUUCUGUUGCACCUAACUUUAUUUUGCGAACCGUGUUAGAUAUAUUUUAUUAAUUGUACAUAUAGGUAGGGCGAGGUAUACAGUGUUUUCAUUCAAUCUUAAAUGGUUAUUGUUGAAUCUGAAAUGUGGGGCUGGCAAAAUACCAAUGCAAUGAUGCAUUUGCUGUUGAUAAAUAAAUUGUUUAUCUGAUACCAUAGAUGUACUAAUGUGUUUCUAUUGUUAGAGGGAGGCUGGGGCGAAAUGGACCCCGCGGAACGCGACCCUCGCAUCUCGGUCCGCUGACCGGCAUCUUAUUGUAAAUGUAAUUCAUAAGUACACCUGAUAAGUUAGCCACGAAGGCUUGUUUUGUGAGGCUGCUUCUAUUUUAACUGAAUCCGAGAAGAGAGCAAUCGCGAUAAAUACGCUACAUCACCGCUUACAUCACUAAUUGUAAUUAUAACGAGCAAUUCGUGCGCUGAACACUCGUUGACAAUUUUUGUUAUUACGAUAGCUUAACUGUAGUUUGUAAACAAAAUAUGAAUCUUAAACGGCAUUUUAAUGAUAGAAAUUGUCAACUGUAAAUUGAUUCUCUUACAGUAAAAAUUGUACAUCACUAAUACUAAUAGUCUGCGUUCAGUUAGAGUAAAGCAACCGAAAUUAUUUACCACAGCUACAUUUUUACCGUGUCAUUACCUCACAUUGUCUCUUAUACAUAUAUAGUUAUUGUUGUCGCUAAAUCUUUACUUAUUUUUAUUGUCAAUAUUGUUUAGAGGUGUCAUUAAGUUAAUACCGUACACAAGGAUCUAUUUUAGUUGGCAACAUAGAUACAAGUAUGGCGGUGUCAUCAUCAGUGUAUUUAUUUUCAAGGUAAAUAUUGUGAGACGCACGAACGCCGCGGCGGCGGGCGCGGUGCGGGCUCGUCGCCGCUCGUUAUUGUAGAAAUAAAUGAUAUUUUCGUUUAAA